AUGUCGGUCUCUAUCCGGGAGCUAGAUAUUACCGUUCGGGCCUUCUAUGAGGGAAAAGGCGAAGCUCAAAAACAAGCCCAACAAACCCUUACUGAGUUUAAACAAAACCCCGAAUCAUGGGUGUUGGUGGGCAACAUCCUUCAGGAAUCCGAAUAUGUUCAGACAAAAUACCUCGCCCUCCAAGUCCUCGACGAUGUUAUUAUGACACGAUGGAAAGUCCUGCCUCGAGACCAAUGUCAAGCUGCAUUAGGAAUCCGAAAUUUCAUAGUCAAUUGCAUUAUCGACCACUCCAAAACGGAGGAAAAGCUGAAGAGCGAGCGGGCCUUUCUCAACAAACUUAAUCUCGUCCUGGUGUCCAUCCUGAAGCAAGAGUGGCCACACAACUGGCCUACCUUCAUCAGCGAAAUCAUAUCAUCAUGCCACACAAGCUUGUCGAUAUGUGAAAACAACAUGGCCAUCCUCCGUCUGCUCUCCGAAGAGGUGUUCGACUAUUCCCAAGACCAAAUGACCUCUACAAAGGCUAGAAACCUGAAGACUACCAUGUGUCAGGAGUUCUCUGCUAUAUUUCAACUGUGCUCUGAAGUCCUAGACACUGCGAACCAGAGCAGCUUAAUCAAAGCCACCCUUGAGACGCUGCUGCGUUUCCUGAACUGGAUUCCUUUGGGAUAUGUGUUUGAAACACCCAUCAUAAACACCCUCUUGACUAGAUUUCUAGACGUGCCAGAGUUUCGCAACGUGACGCUCAAGUGUCUUACGGAGAUUGGAAGUCUUCAGAUCGGUCCACAGUACUCAUACGAUGAGAAGCUCGUUCAAAUAUUUACGGACCUUCUGACAACCGUGUCCAAGAUCAUCCCCCUAUCUUUGGACUUGAGGGAAACCUACGCGAACAGCAAUUCCCGAGACCAAGAAUUCAUCCUUAAUCUCGCACUUUUCCUUUGUAACUUUUUCAGCGUUAGGCUACAUCUUAUCGAGAAACUCCCCAAUAGAGAUUAUCUUACUCAUGCGCAUUUCUACCUCAUUCGAAUUAGUCAAAUUGACGACAGAGAAAUCUUCAAGAUCUGUUUGGAAUACUGGACCCGGCUGGUCCAGGAACUAUAUGAGGAGAUGCAGCAGCUCCCAAUCACAGAUAUCAAUCCGCUAGUCAGCAUGGGAGUUAGCGGACUUUCAAAUGGCGGCGCGCCUCACCCAAGCACACUCGCAAACUACCCUCUUCGAAAGCACAAAUACCAGGAAGUUCUCACCAGUCUAAGAACCGUCAUGAUCGAGAAGAUGGUGAGACCAGAGGAAGUGCUGAUCGUUGAGAAUGACGAAGGUGAAAUUGUGCGAGAGUUCGUCAAGGAGAGUGAUACCAUUCAACUGUACAAGACGACUAGGGAGUGUCUUGUCUAUCUUACCCAUCUUGACGUCGUAGACACGGAGAACAUCAUGGCAGACAAGCUUGCCAAACAAGUAGAUGGGUCUGAGUGGUCGUGGGCCAACUGCAACACCCUCUGCUGGGCCAUUGGAUCUAUCUCUGGAGCUAUGAACGAGGAGACUGAGAAACGAUUCCUCGUCACCGUUAUCAAAGAUCUCCUUGGCCUAACGGAGAUGAAGCGCGGCAAAGACAACAAGGCUGUUGUGGCAAGUAAUAUUAUGUAUAUCGUGGGCCAGUACCCUAGGUUUUUGAAAGCCCAUUGGAAAUUUUUGAAGACGGUUGUCAACAAGCUUUUUGAAUUUAUGCACGAAACCCACGAAGAGAAAACAACAGGUGUCCAGGACAUGGCAUGCGAUACUUUCAUCAAAAUCGCGAACAAAUGUCGCCGCCAUUUUGUUGCACUACAGCCUAGUGAGACCGAACCUUUCAUCGACGAAAUUGUGGGAUCAAUGAGAAAGAUCACCUGCGAUCUAUCUCCCCAACAAGUCCACACCUUUUAUGAGGCUUGCGGUUACAUGAUUUCUGCCCAAGGCCAAAAGGGGGUUCAAGACCGUUUAAUCGAAAACCUCAUGGCACUGCCAAAUGCUGCAUGGGAUUCGAUCAUUAGCCAGGCUACCCAGGACCCAUCCACACUCCAAAACGCAGAGACCAUCAAGAUUGUUGGAAAUAUCAUGAAGACCAAUGUCGCAGCUUGCACCUCCAUCGGUAGCUAUUUCUAUUCUCAGAUCGGCCGAAUUUAUCUUGAUAUGCUCAACAUGUACCGAGCAUCAAGUCAACUCAUUUCAGACGCUAUCGCAUCAGAUACAACGGGAUAUGCUACCAAGACACCGAAAGUUCGAGGGCUACGGACAAUCAAGAAAGAAAUCCUGAAGCUUAUUGACACUUAUGUUGAGAAAGCCGACGAUCUUGAGAUGGUCAACUCCAGCAUGGUUCCACCGCUUCUCGAGGCCGUUCUCUUAGAUUAUAAUCAAAAUGUUCCCGAUGCUAGAGAAGCUGAGGUGUUGAAUGUUAUGACAACCAUUAUACACAAGCUGCACAACCUUAUGGACGACAAAGUCCCGAUAAUCAUGGAGAACGUGUUCGAAUGCACAUUGGAAAUGAUCAACAAAGAUUUCCAUGAAUAUCCAGAACACCGUGUGGGAUUCUUUAAACUGCUACAGGCGAUUAAUCUGUACUGCUUCUCAGCUUUGUUGAAACUGGAUACAAGCCAGUUCAAAUUUGUCAUCGACUCAUGCAUGUGGGCGAGCAAGCACGACAAUAGAGAAGUGGAAAAUACUGGUCUCACCAUGUGUCUCGAGUUGAUGAACAACAUGGCAGACUCAGAUCCCCAAACCUCGAGUGUUUUCUUCCGCCAAUUCUACCUCCCAAUAUUGCAGGAUGUAUUCUUUGUGCUUACUGACACCGAUCACAAAGCUGGUUUCAAAUCCCAGGCAAUGCUCCUUGGACGAAUGUUCCACUUUGUACAAUCGGAGAAGAUUCGGGACCCCAUCUACGGUCCUGAUCAGGCACCCGUUGGAACAUCAAAUCGGGACUUCCUCCAGGAGUACGUUGUGAAUCUGCUACAAAGUGCCUUCAAGAACUUGCAAGAGGCGCAAACAAGACAAUUUGUUACCGGACUGUUUGUCAUGAAUGAUGACUUUAACAAAUUCAAGACUCAUCUACGAGACUUCUUGAUUUCCUUGAAGGAGUUUGCUGGCGACAACACAGAACUAUACGCCGAAGAAAGGGAACAGGAACUGAAAGAGGCCAAGGCAGCUGAGCGAGACCGUGCCAUAAAGAUAGGUGGGUUGCUUAAACCUUCGGAUAUGGACCAGGAAGACGAGCUGUGA